UUCUCUUCAAAUAUUUGAAGAUGAGUCACAUCCAAAUAUGCAUAUGCAAGCAAAAUCAAAAGAGGGAUUAUCACUUUUCAGUAUUCUUAGCAACACACGUACGGUCCUUGGUAAAUAUUUGCUUAAACAGUGGUUCUUCAGACCUACCCUUGAUCUUGCUGUCCUUGAUGAGCGACGUCGUACAAUCGAAUGCUUCCUUCAGCCCGAUAAUUUAGAUAUUUCAGGACAGUUUACUACAUGCCUAAAACAUAUAAAAAAUAUUCCAAAGAUCAUUGAAAAUAUGAAUGGAAGAUUAAACAUAAAAGAUUGGCAAUCUUUGCUUCAG